CCGCCACCACCCACCAUGACCACCACCAUCCGCCAGUUCACCUCCUCCAGCUCCAUCAAGGGCUCCUCUGGCCUGGGGGGUGGCUCCAGCCGCAUGUCCUCUGUCCUGGCUGGAGGGUCCUGCCGGGCCCCUGGCACCUUCGGGGGCAUGUCGGUCACCACCUCUCGCUACUCCUCCGGGGGGGCCUGCGGGCUGGGAGGCGGCUAUGGCGGUGGCUUCAGCAGCAGCAGCGGCUUCGGUGGGGCCCUGGGAAGUGGUUUCGGCGGAGGAUGUGGUGGCGGCCUUGGUGGUGGCUUUGGUGGUGCCGGCUUCGGCGGUGCCGGCUUCGGUGCUGGCUUUGGUGGUGGCGAUGGCGGCCUCCUCUCUGGCAAUGAGAAGGUGACCAUGCAGAACCUCAACGACCGCCUGGCCUCCUACCUGGACAAGGUGCGCGCCCUGGAAGAGGCCAACGCCGACCUGGAGGCCAAGAUCCGAGACUGGUACCAGAGGCAGCGGCCCAGUGAGGUCAAGGACUACAGCCCCUACUUCAAGACCAUCGAGGACCUGAGGAACAAGAUCAUUGCCGCCACCAUUGAGAACGCUCAGCCCAUCCUGCAGAUCGACAACGCCAGGCUGGCAGCGGACGACUUCAGGACCAAGUACGAGCAUGAGCUGGCCCUGCGCCAGAGCGUGGAGGCCGACAUCAACGGCCUGCGCAGGGUGCUGGACGAGCUGACCCUGGCCAGAGCCGACCUGGAGAUGCAGAUCGAGAGCCUGAAGGAGGAGCUGGCCUACCUGAGGAAGAACCACGAGGAGGAGAUGCUCGCCCUGCGGGGACAGACCGGCGGGGACGUCAACGUGGAGAUGGAUGCCGCCCCUGGCGUGGACCUGAGCCGCAUCCUCAAUGAGAUGCGUGACCAGUACGAGCAGAUAGCGGAGAAGAACCGCAGAGAUGCCGAGGCCUGGUUCCUGAGCAAGACCGAGGAGCUGAACAAGGAAGUGGCCUCCAACAGCGAAUUGGUACAGAGCAGCCGCAGCGAGGUGACCGAGCUCCGGAGGGUGCUCCAGGGCCUGGAGAUCGAACUGCAGUCCCAGCUCAGCAUGAAAGCAUCCCUGGAAGGCAGCCUGGAGGAGACCAAAGGCCGCUACUGCAUGCAGCUGUCCCAGAUCCAGGGGCUGAUCGGCAGCGUGGAGGAGCAGCUGGCGCAGCUGCGCUGUGAGAUGGAGCAGCAGAGCCAAGAGUACCAGAUCCUGCUGGACGUGAAGACGCGGCUGGAGCAGGAGAUCGCCACCUACCGCAGCCUGCUGGAGGGCGAGGACGCCCACCUCUCCUCUUCUCAGUUCACGUCCAGCCAGUCCUAUUCUUCCCGAGACGCCUCCUCCUCUGCCGGCCGCCAGACCCGGCCCAUCCUCAAGGAGCAGAGCUCCUCAGGCUUCAGCCAGGGCCAGAGCUCCAAGCACUGAGCUGCCUCUGCCAGAGCCCCCUGCCCACCUGGCGGCCUCGGCUCCCAAAGGCCUGGGUCAGGCUCCUCUUCUCCCGGCGCAGGUCCCAGCUGUCUCCCCUCCCUCUCCGCUGGUGGCGGGCUAAUAAAGCUGACUUUCUGGUUGAUGCAAA